UAUGACAGUUCAUGCCUAGCGCCCAUCUGGAGCAGACGUAUCAAGAGAGAGCUGCUGAAUACUUAAACUUUUCUUGCAAUUGAUUUGCCUCUACAUUCUACACAAUGCAACGCCUACUGACAAAACGCAACUGCAGCUUAAUGCUCCGAAUGAAUAAGAGGUGUCUAGCCACACCGUCUGUGGAGAAUGUGCUAUUUCCGACAAAGUCCGAUUUCCCUAGUCGUCACAUCGGUCCACGUAAAACGGAUGUUGUCGCCAUGCUGGAUACCCUUGGCUUCAAGUCUUUGGCGGAGCUAACCGAGAAAGCCGUACCCCAGGACAUUCAGCUAAAGCGGGACUUAAGCCUGGAAAAGCCAUUGAAUGAGCAUGAACUGAUACGACGCAUACGCGAUAUUUCGCUGAAGAAUCAGCUGUGGCGCUCUUACAUCGGUAUGGGCUACCACAACUGUCAUGUGCCCCAUACGAUAGUCCGCAACAUAUUUGAGAAUCCCGGUUGGACCACACAGUAUACACCAUAUCAGCCAGAAAUUGCCCAAGGCCGUCUCGAAUCACUACUCAACUAUCAGACACUUGUCUCCGAACUGACUGGUCUGGACGUGGCUAAUGCCUCGCUGCUGGAUGAAGGCACGGCUGCUGCAGAGGCCAUGUGCCUGGCCACGCGGCAAAACAAGCGAAAGAAGCUCUACUUGUCCAACAAAGUCCAUCCACAGACUUUAUCGGUAGUCCAGACACGUGCUGAAGCGCUCGAGCUGGAAAUUAUAGUGGGACCCAUUGAGCAAGCGGACUUGCCCAGUCGUGAGCUGGCCGGCAUCCUUUUGCAGUAUCCAGAUACGCAAGGAGACGUUAAGGACUUUGAGGACAUUGCAGCAAUUGCACGCAAAAAUGGUACUUUGGUUGUUGUGGCAACUGAUUUACUGGCGCUCACUCUGCUCAGGCCACCGGCGGAGUUCGGUGCUGAUAUUGCAAUCGGCACUUCUCAGCGCCUGGGCGUCCCCCUUGGCUAUGGCGGUCCACACGCCGGCUUCUUCGCAUGCAAGCAAAACCUGGUGCGUCUGAUGCCAGGUCGUAUGAUUGGCGUCACUCGUGAUAUGGACGGCAAUGAUGCCUAUCGGUUGGCACUUCAGACACGAGAGCAGCACAUUCGCCGCGACAAAGCGACCAGCAAUAUCUGCACCGCCCAAGCGCUGUUGGCCAAUAUGUCGGCCAUGUAUGCGAUUUAUCACGGCCCGGAGGGUCUCAAGGCAAUUGCUAAUCGCAUUCAUCAUUUCGCUCUGACCCUGCAAACGGGAUUGUUAGCAUCUGAGCACGAGGUGUUAAACAACAACUUUUUUGACACGUUGCAUAUCAAACUAUCGCCGAGUCUAACACUUGAGGACCUAAAAGAGCGCACUGAGCACAAACGUAUCAAUUUACGUUAUUUUCCCGACGGCACUGUGGGAGUGGCUCUCGAUGAAACGGUCAGCGUAUCCGAUGUCAAUGAUUUAUUGUGGACUUUCAGGACAGAGACAACUGUGGAGAAGCUACUGGCAAGCAAGGAUGUGCUCAACCAAUCCAUUGAGAAUUCCAAAUUCCUGCGCACUUCACCAUUCCUGCAGCAUCCGAUCUUCAAUAGCUAUCACAGCGAAUCCCGUAUGGUGCGUUACAUGAAGAAGCUGGAGAAUAAAGAUAUUUCGCUAGUGCACUCUAUGAUUCCACUCGGCUCUUGUACCAUGAAACUUAACUCAACAACUGAAAUGAUGCCAUGCUCAUUUCGACACUUUACGGACAUUCAUCCCUUUGCACCCGUGGAGCAGGCGCAGGGCUUUCAUCAAAUGUUUAAUGAGCUGGAGCGCGAUUUAUGCGAAAUCACCGGCUAUGAUAGAAUCUCAUUCCAACCCAACUCCGGUGCACAAGGCGAGUACGCUGGACUGCGAGCUAUUCGGAGGUAUCAUGAACAUCGAAAUGAAGGGCACCGCAACAUUUGCCUAAUCCCAAUUUCUGCGCACGGCACGAAUCCAGCAUCUGCUCAAAUGGCCGGCAUGAAGGUGGAACCCAUACGCAUUCUGACAAAUGGCUCCAUUGACAUGGCGCAUUUGCGAGAAAAGGUAGCGGAGCACUCUAACGAAUUAUCGUGUUUGAUGAUUACGUACCCAUCCACCAUGGGCGUGUUCGAAGAGACCGUUGCGGACAUCUGCGCGUUGGUCCAUGCUCAUGGUGGUCAGGUCUAUUUAGACGGUGCUAAUAUGAAUGCUCAAGUGGGUCUGUGCCGACCAGGUGACUACGGCAGCGAUGUGUCACAUCUGAAUCUACAUAAGACCUUUUGCAUUCCACAUGGCGGCGGCGGCCCCGGCAUGGGCCCCAUCGGAGUCAAAGCGCAUCUGGCGCCAUAUUUGCCGGGUCAUCCUGUGGUUAGUCCGCUCGACAAUGAAGAGCAUAGUUUUGGUGCUGUCUCCUCUGCACCAUUUGGAAGCUCGGCAAUUUUACCGAUUUCCUGGUCCUACAUUAGAUUGAUGGGUAGUCGUGGAUUGAAGCGAGCCACGCAGGUUGCCAUUCUCAAUGCCAACUAUAUGUCGAAGCGCCUCGAGCAUCACUACAAAACACUUUACAAAGCACACAACUCACAACUGGUGGCACACGAGUUUAUCCUCGACAUACGAGAUUUUAAGAAAUCAGCGAACAUAGAGGCCGUUGAUGUGGCUAAACGCCUUAUGGACUAUGGUUUUCACGCCCCAACAAUGUCCUGGCCAGUGGCAGGUACUCUGAUGAUUGAGCCGACUGAAUCGGAGGACAAAGAGGAGUUGGAUAGGUUCUGUGAUGCAAUGAUAUCCAUCCGAGAAGAGAUUGCUGAGAUUGAAGAGGGUCGCAUCGAUAAGAAGGUUAAUCCACUCAAAAUGGCGCCUCACACGCAGGCUCAGGUCAUUUCAGAUACAUGGAACCGUCCCUAUACUCGGGAACAAGCUGCCUUUCCAGCUUUAUUUGUGAAACCUGAUGCUAAAAUCUGGCCCACUGUUGGUAGGAUUGAUGAUGCGUAUGGCGAUAAGCAUUUGGUUUGCACUUGCCCACCCAUUUUACCAGAUUUGUAAAUUAUUUCAAAUUAACUUUAUUUAAAAAAAUAAUAAUUGUCAACUCUAAUUAAAAAUGUGUAUUUUUACGUUAAAAUUCUUAAAAUCAACAUCAACACUUAAGCCGAA